GUGGGGUGCUCCUCUCUCCUCACCUUGCGUGCUCCACUCGGACAGGUGGGGUGCUCCUCUAUCCUCACCUCCCGUGCUCCACUCGGACAGGUGGGGUGCUCCUCUCUCCUCACCUCCCGUGCUCCACUCGGACAGGUGGGGUGCUCCUCUCUCCUCACCUCCCGUGCUCCACUCGGACAGGUGGGGUGCUCCUCUCUCCUCACCUCGCGUGCUCCACUCGGACAGGUGGGGUGCUCCUCUCUCCUCACCUUGCGUGCUCCACUCGGACAG